AUGUGUGAAACAGUCCACACCAUACGAAACCAAACAUUUGCCAGCUUGGUUUCACACAGGGGGUGACUCAUCCUCCGACAGUCAAUAAUUUCCAACCCUUUUUUUUUUUUUUGGCCUUAAAUGAAUAAAUUUCCAACCUUUCGGAACGUGUAAGAAAAUGAAUACAUACUGGUUUCAUACCUAGGCCGGACUUUCCAAUCUUUAUCAUUUGAUUCUUGUUUGACCGAACAAUCUAAGCUAGAUACAGCCUUAAUGGCUCUCAUCUCCAAACCUCAGCCGCCUUUAUCCAGGAAACUUCGAAGCGAUUUUGUUCAUUGAAGUUGCUUGUUUGUAGAACUUCCAAUCUUUGGAGUGUUACAUUAGACAACCUUUUGGUUUCAGCUAUAUCAAUCGGGAUUGCUCUUUAAUUUGGGGAGGUGGAUUUUGAAGACUCUGACUGUACUCAGCAGGGAAGACGUGGAGUCGCCUGUUUUAUAGCGCCGCGGAACCCUUAUUGUUGGUGGGUUCCUGAUUUUCUACCUAGACGGUGACUGGGUUCUUCUCCUUUGUUAGUUUGGUUAAUGUACAAAUACUACAGUUUCUGAUAUGUAAGCUGCUGGUGGAUGUGGAUGUACUUCUGAUGCCCUGUCAGAUCUUCUUUUGUUAUGAAUGGUGACAUCUCAUUUAGCUAUUGUCCCAUUGUCUCUUAGUUCUGAAAGAUGGGAUUGAAGUGUAAUAUCUCAUUUAGAAAGGCAUCAGUUGUUGUGAGCUUCUUUCUCGUUGUGCUAUCGCAAAGAAUCUUUGCCUCAGGGUUGUCAAUACAGUCAAAGUACUGCGGCAGUGAUCACAUCAGCUACUUGAGUGGCUCUAGUCACGAUUUCUUUUACAUCAACGGGAGAUUAGCAGACAAAUAUUUGUUCUGCAACGCCCUCAAAUACUAUCAUGCAAACCAUUGUUUCAUUACGGACGAUGACCUAAAUCAUUUAUGCGGAUUGGGUCUUUCAUUAGAUGAGUUGCCUUUAAACCCAGGAAGGAAGUUUUUGCACAAGCUUGUUAGAGAAGAAUCUGCACGGCAUAAUUUUCUUGAGAAUAGUCAACCGACUGAAGAAAGAGAUGCUCAAAAAUCUUUGUUAGUGCCGAAGAUGGCUGUUGCAGCAUCAGGAAUGUUCGUUUUGUGCUGCAUUUUUUUAUGUCCAUGCUUUCGUGCAAGAAGGAAACAAGCAGACCAUACUGUCCUCACGAAGGAUCUACAAUCUCUGGAUUCUGUUUCUUCUUUGGUAAUGAAUCCCGCUCCUGAAAAGAUCCCAGGGAGUCCACUGCGGGUCCCAGGGAGUCCACUGCGGGUCCCAGGGAGUCCACUACGGGUCCCACCUAGCCCUGCUAGAUUCUCCAUGUCUCCAAAAAUCGAUAGAAUUGGAUCUGUUCAUCUAAAUAUUAAUCAGGUUGUUAGAGCUACCCAAAAUUUUUCACCAUCGAUGAUGCUCGGUGAAGGCGGCUAUGGAACUGUCUAUAAGGCCCAGUUACAAGAUGGUCAGAUAGUCGCCAUAAAACGAGCAAAGAAGGAACACUUUGAAGCUCUAAGGACGGAGUUUAGCAGUGAAGUUCAACUUUUGUCAAAGAUUGAUCAUAGAAAUCUAGUGAAGCUGCUUGGUUAUCUAGAUAAAGGCAAUGAGCGUCUUGUUAUAACGGAGUAUGUGCCAAAUGGUACCCUUAGAGAGCAUCUCGAUGGGAUGCGGAGUAAGAUUUUGGAUUUUAAUCAGCGACUUGAAAUCUCCAUUGAUGUUGCUCACGCCCUGACUUAUCUCCAUCUCUACUCAGAGAAGCAAAUCAUACACAGAGAUGUGAAGUCAUCCAAUAUUCUUUUGACGGAGAGCAUGAGGGCCAAAGUCGCCGAUUUCGGAUUUGCUAGACUCGGCUCAGUGGACUCUGAUAAAACACAUAUCUCCACCAAAGUGAAAGGCACAGUUGGUUACCUUGACCCAGAGUACAUGAGGACCUACCAACUGACCCCUAAGAGCGACGUAUACUCGUUUGGGGUCGUGCUACUUGAAAUAUUGACAGGUCGUCGCCCUGUGGAGUUGAAGAAACCUGCUGACGAGAGGGUAACUCUUCGAUGGGCCUUCAAGAAGUACGACGAAGGAAAUGUGAGGGAGAUAGUGGACCCCUUGAUGCAGGAAGUGGUGGACGAAGACAUACUUAUGAAAAUGUUUGAGUUGGCAUUCCAUUGUGCCGCACCCACGCGAUCCGAUCGCCCAGACAUGAAAGCAGUCGGUGAGCAAUUGUGGGCAGUCAGAAUGGACUAUCUUCGAAGUGGAAGGAGAGGGUAAGAACUAAGAAGUGCAAGGAAAAAGUGUGUGUCCAGAUUUAUUUCUGUUUGUGUGUAAAGCAAAACCCAUUUAAAGGCAAAUCUUUACUUUUUGUCUUCUUUCUUUACCUGUUCAUUCCACUCUUAUUACAUGAUUAUAGAGAUGGUUGGAUGCCUGAAAUUUUCCAAUGCAUUAUUACAGAGUGAGGUACCAGAAAUAGAAGUGCAUUUUACUUCAA